AUGGAAGAGGCCAUGAGUUUUAUGAUGCAUGCAUUUGAAUUGGCAAAAAAUCUUGAACUAGAAUUACCCAACAUGGCCAACAACCCUGAGAUUCUAUAUUUAUCCAUUCAUGAGGUAGAAAAAGCGUAUAGUGAUGCCAAAGAAAGAGUAAUGAUGAUGUUGUCGUCGUCAUCUUCACAACAUAACACAGCAAAAGGUUCUGGUUCCUUUGGUCAAAUUCUGUCUCAUGAUGUUUUCAUGCAGAAAAAACAGCAUGAUCAAGUCAUGCAUGCAGAUCCAAUGGAUCAAUUUCUUCUAAUGCAACACCCUUUUGAUGUGAGUGUUUUGCUUGAGAAUAAGAUGAUAAGUGGUGGUGCUGAUGUUCAAGGAAUAGAAGCACCACCAUCAUCGUCACGACCGAAAAAAAGUAGGAAGAAUGAUUUGGGGAAGAGAACACAGAUGUUUCCAGCACCUCAAAUUGGAAACACUGAGAUGCCACCAGAAGAUGGCUUCACUUGGAGAAAAUAUGGCCAGAAAGAGAUACUUGGCCGCAAGUACCCAAGAAGUUACUAUAGAUGCACACACCAAAAAUUAUACCUAUGUCCAGCCAAGAAGCAAGUGCAAAGGCUUGAUGACAAUCCUAACAUAGUUGAAGUAACAUAUAGAGGUGAACACAUUUGUCACAAAUCCUUAACAGCACCAUCAUCCUAUCCACCACCACCAAACCUACUUGCAAACCCUAAUGCUACUACUCAAACUCAAACUACCAUUUUCUCCGAGAGGUGGCGGACUUCGUUGAAUAUCGACCUAGGGGAAGGAGGUGGUAUCGGUGGAGCCUCUAAUCCAAGAUUUGGCGUUGAAUACGCGGUGGCCGAGAUGGCGGAUGCAAUGUUCAAUUCAGGCAGUAGUAGUGGAAAUAGUAUGGAGUUACUCUUUCAACCAAGUGAAGAUAAAUAUGAGCAUGAUGAAAAGGAAGAUUGA